AUGGCAUCCUCCUCCUCCUCAUCGUCCAACUACCUGCAGAGAACGCCUUCCAGCAUUGCUGAACUAGCUCAGAAAGCCCGUAACAACCCCUUACGAGAGAAUCAAAGCCUCAAAUACUACCUCAAGCAUGCAGAGAGUAAUCGAAGGGAAGCUUUCAAGUUCGCUGAAGCGGGAGAUCUAGAGUCUGCAUUUAUCUUCUUUGCGAGGACAGCGUCUUUGGUGUUGGAAACGCUACCCUCACACCCGGAUUAUAAGACGGCGUUGGAUGAUAACCAGAGGGCAAAUCUGAAUAUGAAUGGACAAGAGAUUAUUGACAACCUUGGACAGCUGAAAACACGAAUCAGCGAUCGUUACGAGGCAUACAGGAGAGACCAUCCAGAGGUAGAAGAAUCUCACCAACGAGCAUUGCAAGCUCAAAUCGAGUAUGAAGGAUCUCAGAGUAUUCAGUUACCGUCCGUUCCAGAUGAUCGAGAACGGAAAGACAAAGCUUUGCAGGAAGCUCAGGACAGGGCAACAAAACUUAGCGACGAACUCGUUCAACUUCACAUGAACGAUCCCAACCUCCGUGCGAGAGCUAACAUUCCAUUUGCGACGGAGAAGGCUAUAGAAUCUGCGAGGAGAGCAGCUUGGGGUCCGAGAGAAAGGCCGCCUCAUUCUCAGCCAUUGUCAUCGAGGAAUUCGGACGAAGUAUUGCGGGAACGCACUACUAGGGCUCUUGCUCUCAAAAGUGCAGUCGCCGCGGCUGCUACGAAGAGUGCACCUGCUUAUGUUCCUAUGCCAGCCCCACCAAGGAGCUCGCCGUACUCGGUUGACUAUCCAACGACGCGGCACAACGCCACUGCGGCACAGACAUCUCUCGGUAUGCCUGUUGCAUCCCCAGUUGUAAACCCUCGUCGGGGGCGACCUCCGUCGUUUGUCGGCCCGCAUGUGAUGCCUUUGGAGAGUCCGACGAAAUUUGAUACCGGAGACACGACAGAUACGGAAACAUCACUUGCACCGACCAGGACACCGUCUCGAAGCACAUUCUACCCACCUCCCGUCACUACGUCUACCUUCUCCUCGAUGCCUCGGCCAGACAAUCCAGUAAAUUACCCUCAGCUCAUGUCACAACACCAGAAGACUCAAGGAUACGCACCAUCCGAUCAUCCUCUCCUGUCACCGACACAUAAUAGUACAUUUUCGAUACCCCAGCCCAUCAAUUACCCGCACCUUCAACGCCCACCAAUGACUCCUUCAUAUCGUUCACGAUCACCGUUUGCACCACCUCGACCCCCUCUACCUACACCCGUUGUGAGCACCCCCGUUCCAACGACGGCCCCUUCCACUACCAGCAAUCUCCCCGGUCUCAAAACCGUCAUCCUCCCACGCUCCUGUCUUGCUCGCUUCCUCGGCAUCGCUGGUGUCAACACGAGCCGGAACAGGGAAACCUGCGGGUUGUUAUUGGGCCGCGAAGUGCGCGGCAAGUAUGUUGUGUCGACGCUUUUGAUUCCAAAGCAGCACUCGACGAGUGAUACGUGUACUAUGGAUGAGGAGGAACUAGUCAUGGAGUUUACGGAGGAGAGGGGGCUGAUUACGCUUGGUUGGAUUCAUACGCAUCCUACGCAGAGUUGCUUUAUGUCUUCCGUAGACCUCCACACCCACUGCGCCUUCCAACUGAUGCUACCAGAAUCGUUCGCGGUCGUGUGUGCACCUAGGUCCACUCCGAAUUUUGGGAUCUUUAGGUUGACGGAUCCGCCGGGGUUGAGUUUGAUAAGUAAUUGUAAGGUGAAGGAGGCGUUUCAUCCGCACCCGGAUCAUCCGAUCUAUACUGAUGCGGAUAAGGGACAUGUGCAGAUGAGAGAUGCAGCGUUGGAGAUCGUGGAUUUGAGAGAUUGA